AUGACGUCGCACGCCCAUCCGGAGAACGUCAUCGAUUUGUUCACGGACGAGUUACUCCUCCACGAUACGGACGACUUGGCUCUGCCGCUGCUGUCACUGGACGUUGACGUGGACGACGCGCUGCUGACGUCUGCUGAACUGGCGAGGACGAGUCUGACGCACUUGCAGGAGACGCCGCUGCCCGUCGUGAGCCCCGACGUCCCAACGGCUAAUUGCUGGCUGACUGCUGUCGCAUCGCUACUGUGUCCUGCGGGAUCGGCGGUGGAUCAGAGCAGCGUGGCGCUCCAUCUGCUGGAGAGUGGCCAGAAGCAGCAAAACGAUGAGGAGGACGACCAGGAUGUAAUAGAAUUAACAGCUUCGGACACGGAGAUGCCGACGCUCCGUCCAGGCAAACGGCGCGCCGUGGCGUCUACGCUGUCGAACACCGCAAGUCUGACAGUGUGCGCAUCUGUGUUUGGAGUCACUGUGUUUACCAGCUACGAAAACGGUGCAGUUGACCCUGGCACCGUUCGGGGUGUCGGACGCGUGUUACAUGAGGCUUCGACGUUGUGUGGUAUGGACAAGUGCUUGUCGGAAGCGUCAAUGUCACAGACAGCGUUCGUGGAGACGACGAUGAGGUCUUGGUGGCAUGUGGUAACGUCGUCCGAGCUGGUCUUUGGCCUGUUGCUGAACGUGGUGUCUUUCAUUGUCAUCAUGGUGCUGUAUCGGCUGUGGAAUCGCCACAUUCGGCGAAGAAUGAGCAAGUAA